CAAAGCCUUCAAAAUCACACCGCCGCCAUAGCCAGUAUCGUCUUAUCGCCCGACGGGAAAUAUCUUUUUAGUGGUGCGUUGGACGACACCAUCAUACAAUGGGACAUCUCCACGGCCAAUCCUGUCCGUAGAUUCGUGGGCCAUCGCGACGGGGUGCUCGAUAUCAUUCUGUCGAAGGAUGGUCAGCAAUUGUUUUCGGCGGGCCGGGACAGGUCUGUUUUGCAGUGGGAUGUUGUCACUGGUGAGGUCCGCCGAAACUUUACGGAGCAUACCAGAUGGAUUCACAGGCUGGUUCUAUCGCCGGAUGAAACCCAAGUAUUCAGCGGUGACGACGACAAUGUGAUCAUACAAUGGACCAUUUCCACCGGCGCUCGCCUCCGCACCCUCAGAGGGCAUACAGACUCAAUAGUCUCCCUUGCCGUAGCGGCUGAUGGCAAAUCGGUGUUCAGCGGCUCAUUGGACUAUACCGUCCGGCAGUGGGAUAUCUCCAAUGGCACCCUUCUGCGCACUAUCCCGGCCCAUACUGGUGCGGUGCGUGGUCUUGCAGUAACAGCCAACAAUCAGUACCUCUACAGCGGAAGCAACGACACCACGAUCAAGCAGUGGGAAAUUGCUACCGGCAGACUUGUGAACACCUUAACAGGCCUCUCUCACUCGAUGAAUGAAAUGGCUCUGUCACCUUCGGAGAAGUACCUGUACAGCGGCGGUGAAGACAAGCUUGUCAAGCAGUGGGACCUCUCUUCAGGGACGCUGGUCCGCGAUAUCCCAGGUAGCGGCCGUCCGAUACAUGCUGUUGCUGUAUCACCUGACGGCACCCAGCUGUUCGCUGGAGGUUUAGACCGCGUCAUAACACAGUGG